AUGGCGGGCGAGAGGAGAGAGACCAGCAGGGGGCGAAGGCAGAGCGACAGGCGGGAGCGGGGCGGGGAGCGCGAGGGGGGGGGGGGCAGCAGCAGACAGCUGCAGCACGCCGCAGCUUGGCGCGCCGCUGCCCCGCCCAACGGCGCUGGCGCGGCCGCGAUGUGCGCCGCCGCGGUGCCGCGGCCGGGCCCCCGGCGAACGCCCUCGCCCGCCUCGUCGCGCCGCGCCCCGGGGGCGGGCGCCCCCGCCGCCGCAGAGCCCGCGGCGGGCGACGGCCGGCCGGGGCGGUGGGCCGCCCGGGCCCGCGCGCGGCGCGCCCACGACGCCCCCGGCGCCGCGGCUGCGCAGCCGGCGCACGGGCUGCCCGCGGCGCUUCGACAGGCGGCACGGAGCGGCAGCCCGGCGGCGCGGCGCCGCGCGGUCUCGCCGGGCGGCGCGGGGUGCGCCCCGGCCGCGCAGAGCGGCAGCGCCCUGGGAGCGGCGCCCGCCACCGCGCGGUCCGCGCCCGUGACGGCGCGGCCCGGGUCGCGGGGCGGCUUGAAGGCUCAGGCGCGCCCAGCACCGGGGGCGCCAGCGGCAGGGCGCGACGGGUGCUCGAGGCCGGCUUCGGGCAGGCGCGUUCGGCUGCCGCACUCGGGAUGGAGCUACCGGGACCAGGCGCUCACCACCGUGGCGGGGCUGUGGGAUCUGCUAAGGUCGAGCUGGAGCCACAGGAUCCUCGACAUGGCGAUACUUUUCGCCGAUCUCAAGGACACGGGCGUCGACGCCGCGCUCAGGGAGGCGGUUCCGAUGCGCAUCGGCGGAGCCGAGGGUGCCGAGGACCUGUCACCUGGAGAGGUGGCGCAUCUGAGCGCCUGGCUUCUAGACAACCCCGAGCUCGAGGAGGAGCUCGUCCGCGAGAGGCUCCGGCCAGUGAGGGACGCUUGCCGCCAGGUUGGCCAGUUCAGGCGCGAACUGCACAAGUGCACCUGGGGGAUCGACCUCGACGCCAAGCUCAACGCACGCGUCUUCCAGAGGCUCCUGGACACAAUCGCGCUGCUUACCCGCAUUGACCUGGAGUACCUGGUCUCGCACGCGGCCUGGCUGAAGUGCAGGCAGUUCGAGAUGACGGACACCCUGGUGGCGCUGGUGAUGGAGCGCUGCGCGGCCAAGGGCCAGAGGCCGGCGAAGCCGGCGAUGGCCGGGCGGCCAGAGAGGCAGAUGCGGGCGAAGCUGGCGGCGCCUGCAGCGGCCGACGCGCGCUGGUCGCGCCUCGUCGACGAGGGCGGUGCCGACGCUUCCGGCCAGGUGGUUCAGGACCCCUUCCCGGACCUGGCGUUGGUCUCGGAACCCUUUGUCCUGGCCGACUUCAUCACGAUGUGCCGGAGCGGGGCCCUCACGGAUCCGCGCCGGAAGGAGGGCCUGAGCACGGAGGAGCUCCAGCUGCUCUUCCUGCACCUGCACCGGCGCGUGCCGGAGCUCUUCCGCUCCCGGGCGGAGGUCCGAGGCGACCGCACCCUCUCGACGGGAUGGGCCACUCGCGUGAAGUCGGGCUCCGAGUCCGCCUGCCUCGUCGGCCGGACGAUGUUCGAGGAGCUGGUGAGCGAGCUGGCGCGGUCACCCCCUCUUGUCUACAUGUUCCCCAGCCCACUGAAGAUGGUGGUUCACAUGCUGAAGAGCGUGGCGGCGCACUACGCGCUGGACGAGCCUCCUCGACAAGCAGCGACGUGA